AUGUCUGCUAACCAUCAAUACAAUAUCACUCCCGAGAAGCAGGCAAGCCUAGCGCGUUUCUUCUACAACCAACUCACCGUUACGCCUACUGAGGUCCGCGAUGUUGAUCUCCAAGGCAAAACGGCAAUCGUUACCGGCGCCAAUUCAGGUGUUGGUUUUGAGUCUAGUCGUCAGCUUCUAGAUCUCGGACUCAGCAAGCUUAUCCUCGCAGUCCGUAGCGAGGAAAAGGGCAAAGCCGCCCUGGCUAAGCUGUCUCAGGGUCGUACACUUGAUGCCAACGCUAUCGAAGUCUGGCUUGUUGACUUUUCUGACUACAGCUCGGUCGUCUCGUUCGCCGAACGUACCAAGAGCUUGGAACGUCUCGAUAUAGUCAUUCUUAGCGUCGGCAUCUUCCCGGCCAGUCGCAAAUUCAACGAACGUACCAAGCACGAUGAGAUGAUCCAAGUAAAUUAUUUGUCGACAGCCUUAUUGAUCAUCCUACUUCUUCCUGUUUGCAAGGCCAAGGACAGAAGCCAGCCAGCCCGAAUCACGCUUGUGUCUUCCGAAGUGUCCGCUUGGACAAGCUUCAAGGAGAGGAAUGACCGUCCCUUACUCUCUGCCCUCGACAAGCCGGGCAACAUCAAUCUUCUCGAUCGGAUGAUGGUUUCAAAGUUACUUGGCCAACUCUUCUUAGCCAAGCUUGCGAAGCUGGUACCUACGACUGUUGCCAUAAUUAACUCAGCCUCGCCCGCAGGGCUGCACGACACUGAAUUCGGUAAGGAGCACGAGAAGGGCGUCAUCGCAGCUAUCGGAAAGUCGGUCAUGCGACGUAUCUACUACUCUUCUGCUGUCGGUUCGCGAACCGUCGUCGAUGCCGCUGUCAAGCAUGGCAAAGAAACCCAUGGAGAAUUCUUUUCGUUCCAAAAGAUUGUUCCCAUGGCUCCACUUGUUUAUUCAUCUGAGGGACAGGAUAUUAGAGACCAGCUCUGGAAGGAAACCAUGGCAGAACUCUCAUUCGCACAGGUGGAGACGAUUUUGAAGGAGAUCAGCAUGUGA